UCAAACGAGGGUCUGAUUGAAUUAUUAUGACAGAUAAAUAGAUACUGUUCCAAUUUCAAUUUCCUACCUUUUUUUCUCUGCUCUCGAAAGCAAUUUCCGCUCCAUUCUUUAUUUCUAUCGUUUGUUCCUCCCAAGAUUCGUGUAGUUUCGACGAUGUGGUCGCUAAAUUUCUCGUCGUCAAAAUAAUUUGCCCACUUCUUGGCGGAUCUUUCUUCCGAUCGGACACGCACUCGCAAAUUGCUGGGAAAUCUUUAGGACAAUCUGAACGACAGAAAAUGGUUUAAGCAGCGGGCUUUGUUUGUCUCGAAAGUUAACCCAGCUACGAUAUUGUGUUCUUCCCUAUUUUCUUGUAAGUGUCGAGUGGACAUUUGCAAAUGGGUGCGCCAAAGCAAAAAUGGACAGCUGAAGAAGAAGCUGCCCUUAAAGCAGGAGUGAUCAAGCAUGGAGCAGGCAAAUGGCGCACAAUACUCACGGAUCCUGAGUUCAGCUCAAUUUUGCAUCAACGCUCAAAUGUGGAUCUCAAGGUGCCUCACCCCGCCCCCUAGUUCUUGUUCAAUCACCAGAGUAAUUGAGUCACAGGAUGUAGAAAUUCACCAAGCAUCCCAUGAUAAGUGGAGAAAUAUAAAUGUUACUGCAAUAUGGGGGUCUAGGCAAAAAGCCAAGCUCGCACUUAAAAAGAAUUCUUUGGCCCUAAAACAUCAUGAUAAUCCUAUGGCUCUAAGCACCGUGCUUCAGAAUGAGGAGAUUGUUGACGCUAAGCCACUUGCAAUUUCGAAUGGAACAACUCGCACUAAUGGCCCAAAAGAGCCACUAGCAAGAUUGGACAGACUUAUAUCAGAGGCAAUUAACAACUUAAAGGAGCCAAGAGGUUCUGACCGGGCUGCAAUUGCUCUGUACAUAGAGGAACAUUACUGGGCCCCACCAAACCUUAAAAAACUCCUUUCAACAAAAUUAAAGCAUAUGACUGCAAAUGGAAAGUUGAUAAAGGUAAAGCAUAAGUACAGAAUUGCUCCAAGUUCUGCCUUAUCUGGAAGAAGAAAUGUUCCAUUGUUACUCCUUGAGAACAAGCACUUGGAUUCUUCAAAGGCCGAGAAGAGUGAAGUCAAAAUCAUCACUAAAUCCCAGGUUGACUCGGAACUUUCAAAGAUGAAGGUAAUGACUGCAGAGGAAGCAGCUAUAGCUGCUGCUCGUGCAGUAGCUGAGGCAGAGGCUGCCAUUGCAGAGGCUGAAAGGGCAGCAAGGGAAGCAGAAGAAGCAGAGGCUGAAGCUGAAUCAGCACAAGUUUUUGCUGAAGCAGCAAUGAAGGCGUUGGAGUGCAGAACAUUCCCUAGUAGAAGUCCUGUUCAGAAAGUUCUUCUCCAAGAUAACAAAACUUUGCAAUGACAACUGUAGGCAAUGUAUUCUGAGAAGAUGAAGGUGCUGCUGGCUGCUGCAUUUCCAUGUGCAAGUGAUUGUAACUAAACUGUAGAUAUUGUUAGCGUUGUAAAUCUGCAGAAUAUGAUUGCCUUGUGAGAAAAACGGCUUCUGGGGAUCGUAUCAUCAGAAGUGUAUGUCGGUAAUGUGAUUUUCAAAUCAAACAAAGAGUAAAGGAUUUUGGAGAGAGAGAGAUGCGUACUUAAUCUUAAAAAGGGUGUUUUCUCGACAUGUCUUGAUGAUUCUAAGACAAAUCGAACUUGUAAAUUAAGAUUUUCUGUUCACCCAAUACACAACUGGGAAGAAGUUUCUCAA